AUGAAUCUUGAAGAAAUUACUCUGGAUUUACCUAAAGUCCGAGAGUCAAAAUUAGAUGUACUAAUACAUGUUGGUAAACCACCAAAUUCAACAACAAUAAAAGAAAAUUCUCAACUUUUAAAGGAUCAAUGUGAAUAUUUUCGUACUCUUUUGAGUGAUGAAUCGGUUAAAAAAAAUGAUGGAUGGAUGGAAAUUAAUUUACCGUCUAUUUCUCCUGAAGUUUUUUAUUUCAUACUAGAUUACAUAAAAGACGGAUGGAAGACUUUUGGAUGUCAGCAAGAUGACGGAAAAAACACACUGGAUCGAUUAAUAGCCCUUGACAAAUUAGGAAUACAAGAAUUGCUUACUCCCGGUCAAGAUUAUUUAAUUAAAAAUCAAUCUGGCUGGAUUCGUGAUAAUUUUGCACUUGUUUACAAAACUAGCAAAAUACAAUCCUUGGAUUCUUUACGAAAAUAUGUACUUGGAAUAUUACGUCAACAGCCUCGAUUAUUACUUAAUCCAAGAGAUAUUAAAUAUUUGGAGAAGGAUGUUUUAAUAUGGUUGUUAAAAAAAGAAGACGUUCAAAUGACUGAAUUAGAACUUUGGCAAAAUGUAAUUUCUUGGGGAAUUACACAGAAUCCUUCGUUGGGUCCUAAAAUAUCUUCAUGGACAUCUGAAGAGAUGAAUUUGUUCGGCGAAACCAUAAAUCCUUGUAUUCCUCUAAUAAGAUUUGAGCAUAUUUCAAAUGAUGAUUUUUGUAUAACAGUAUUGCCUUUUCAAAGGUUCCUUCCACCAGAACAACAACGUUCACCACGUUACAAUUCUUCCGAAGAUACAUUAAAUAACAACGGUUUAUUUCCUCGCUUGACGCGACCGAAACGAACAGCAUUUAUAGAUUCAAAUAUCAUUAAUAUUUCUCAUGCGGCUUUGAUAGCAAAUUGGAUAAAACAUAAACCAUCUGUUAAUACACAGGUUAGAACCAACCUGAAAUUUCAAAAACCAUCAUCAAUCCCUUAUAGUUUUCAACUUUUAUAUCGGGCAAGUAGAGAUGGAUUUUCUGCUAAGUCAUUUCACAAAUUCGUUGAUAAUUGCCUAAACCCGACAUUCAUUAUUAUAAAAUUAAAACUUUCAUCACAAAUAAUUGGUGGAUUCACCUCAAAAUCAUGGCAAUCACCUCCAUUAAAUUUCUCUAAGAUUGUAAACGAUCAUGAAUCAUUUAUAUUUUCAUUAUGCGAUCCAAGUGGAGAUGAAAGGUUUGCUGACUUUAGCAGGCCUAAGUCAGGCUAUUUUCCUUUUAUGUUUAGUUCCAAAUAUGUAUACUAUGGAAAAAAUGCUAUUAAAUUAAGUAAAUCUAGACCUUCUUUUGGAAGAACCGACUUACAAAUAAGAGAUGGAGCUUGUUUUUGUAAAGUUUGUGAUUAUGAUAAGGCUAUUACUUGGGGUAGUGGAAGGUUUGAAAUGGAAGAGUGUGAAGUAUUUAGCGUUAGGAGAAAAGACAAGGUCCAUUAA